CCUACCUAGCGUAGCCACGGACGAUGAGCUCCUGGCGCCCGGCCGGCCCGCACGGCUCCCCACCUCGCCGGGGUCGCCGCCACGAUGACCACCCCGGAACCCUUCCCGCUCCGCCGCACUUCCCCGGUAGCCAGGCUCCCCAGAUGUUCCCUGCGGCCGCCAUCGCGAGACAUCUCGCCUCGUUCCAGACUGCCCCAUCCAACACGCGCCACCUACCAACCGAGAACACCGAAGCCUGCCACCCUCACCAUCACCGCUCCGCCGACGCGGCCAGCAGGUUCACCGCGCCGUGGCCGCCCACGUUUGCUCCGCCGCGUCCUAGCCCGUCCUGGGCCGUUCCCGCGAUGGUCCCACGUGAUACCGGAACCCAUGGCGUCUACUCUGGCUGCACGGCAGGGGCGGGCGUCGGGAACACGGUAACUAAUGCAGGCUGCCUGCGCAUGGCGACGGGCGUCGGGAGCACGGCGGCCGGCGGGGGGCGCAACUUCAUCGUCUCGCCGCUGUCGCUCCACGCGGCGCUCGCGCUGGUAGCCGCUGGCGCGAAGGGCGAGACGCAGCGGGAGCUGCUGGAUUUCUUGAUGGGGCCAGCUGGGUCGUCGCUCGCCGCGCUGCACGGCGACCCGGCGAUCAGACUGGUGGGCAUGCUCCGUGGUCUCGAGCAGACGUCCUUCGCGUGCGGCGUAUGGGUCGCCCGUGGGCGGGCACUCAGGCCGGAGUUCGUGGAGGUCGCCGGCGCUGUCUACGCCGCCGUCGCGGAAUCAGUUGACUUCUGGUCAGAGCCGGAAAAGGCGAGGCAGCAGGUGAACACCUUCGUGAAACACGAAACCAAAGAGCUCAUCGACGAGGUCCUCCCCGUCGGCUCCGUCGACUCGUCCACGGUGGUCGUUCUUGCCAACGCGCUCUACUUCAAAGGAACGUGGGCUCAGCCGUUCGACCCGUCGGCGACCUUCGGCGCGCCGUUCCAUCUCGCCGACGGCACGACCGUGCUUGCACCGUUCAUGACGACGAGCCUGUUUCAGCAGCACGUCGCCGCCUUCCCCGGCUUCAAGGCCCUCAAGCUUCCCUACAAGAACGGCGGCAGCUUCCACGUCCACCAAGCCGCGUUAUUCUACAUGCUCCUCCUCGUCCCAGAUCAUAGCGCCGACCUCGGGCUCGCCGGACUCUACGACAAGGCCGUCUCGACGCCGGACUUUAUCAGGAGGCACACGCCGGCGGACCAGGCUCCGGUCGGGCGGUUCAUGGUCCCGAAGUUCAAGUUCGAGUUCAAGUUCGAGGCGUCGCGGGAGAUGCAAGAGCUCGGGGUGACCAGGGCUUUCGGAGGCGGCGACUUCUCCGGCAUGGUGACCGGUGGAAAUGGGCUGCGCAUCUCCGGGGUGUACCACAGCGCCACCGUCGAGGUGGACGAGCUGGGCACCGUGGCCGCGGCCGCCACCGCUGUGUGCAUGCAGCAGUGCGGAAGCGCACGGCCUCCCGUGGAUUUCGUGGCGGACCGGCCGUUCCUGUUCGCCAUCGUCGAGGAGAGGACCGGCGUGGCUCUCUUUCUUGGGCACGUGGUGAAUCCACUGGACGGGUGAAUCAUGUUCCUGCCGCGCGGCUUGAUAAUUUGCCAAGUUUGACGUUGUACUUCGAUGAUUUGUCUUAUCUUGUGUGGCUGCAAUGUGGACCCGGACCCCACAUGAAAGUUUCACUGGGGAGUAAAUGAGUGAAGUGUGGAGUGAAGUGCGAGAAAUGAUCAAAUUAUUCCUGUUUGGGUGGAAAGAAAUUGAUAUCAGUUCGUCAAUAAUUAUUUCAUGUUUUGUGAAAUCGUGGUUCCAAAUUUAUGUAAGUGAAUAAAUGAUUUCAGUUUACUUAUUUUGUGCCAAUUGUGUUGAGCACCAUCGAACAAGUUGUUUGUCAAUGACCA